UUUCAAUAAUCAUAGCAAGUUUAAAUUUCAAAUUCCUUGUAUUUCCGUUUGAAAAUGUACCCUCUGGUGGCGGGUGAAGGUACCGAUGUUGAAAAUUAAUUUGAUACCGAUACAUCCGUUUUCGGUAAGGUCGGUCAUUUUCAAAAAGUUGCCAGUUGAUGUCGACGAAAUAAUUUUAAGUAUUCUGAGGUAUCCGAAGGACGCUAAUCAUUCCAAAGCAUGGCUAAGCAUCAUCCAGAUUUGAUAUUUUGUAGGAAACAGCCGGGCGUUGCUAUUGGUCGAUUAUGUGAAAAGUGUGAUGGAAAAUGUGUAAUCUGCGACUCGUAUGUGAGACCUUGUACACUGGUACGAAUUUGUGACGAAUGUAAUUAUGGAUCUUACCAAGGCCGUUGCGUUAUCUGCGGAGGACCUGGUGUAUCUGAUGCAUAUUACUGCAAAGAAUGUACAAUUCAAGAAAAAGAUAGAGACGGGUGCCCGAAAAUUGUAAACCUGGGAAGUUCGAAAACGGAUCUAUUCUACGAAAGGAAAAAGUAUGGAUUUAAACGACGAUAGAUGUAAUUAUGUGUAUAAGUAUAGACUACAACAUCUCGGUAUCUGUAAGUUAUGAUGUGUGAAAUGAGAAUGAAUGAGGAUGGAACAUUGCGUUCUGUGUUUUUAUAAUAAACGGUUGAAUUAUAUUCGUACAUCUGUAUUUCGUUUUUAUUCUUAUUUAUGACGAGGCAACGAUAGGCAAAAUCAUUGGACCGGUUCCUAAUUACAUUUCCUGUCCGUCGAUCCCCUGCAGAGAUUUGGAUUUAGACAAGGGAUAAUUGGAAAAUGAAAGUUGAUCGUGAAAAGUUAUAUUUGAUUUUUAUUUAAAUAUAGCUCUAUUCAUUUGUCAUCAACAUUAUUCUACGAAUGAAUUAUGUUUUCCUAAUUUUUUUUACAAUUUGUUUUUGUCCUUGUACGUUAUAUUUGCACACAACGUACUUUAAAGUUUUUGAAUACGUUUAAAACCACAUAUCUAAAGAAAUAGUGUUAGAAGAAUAAUGCACGCAGAUCAAACAAUCUUUAUUAACAUAGAUGUUAUAUUUUGGCACGCAAUUUUGAGGGCACGAUUUUUGCUAAAGAAAAACUUGUCUUUCACCGUUUCACGAGUAUUAUAUAUGAGAGAACUUCUGCAAAGAGUUUUUUCCAAAAGACUGUA